AUGCCUCUGUCAAAACCAGAUAUCCCAGCCCAAAGGAAGCCGUGCAAUCUUCCCAGUCCAGAAUCCACCAACUCAUGGUGGCAUAGUGAACCCUCACCACUAUUGCUUGGCCAUCGCUCAACCCGCGACUUGCCCGAUACUGCAGAUGUAGUCGUUAUCGGAAGUGGUAUGACGGGAACCAGUGUGGCUCAUCAUCUUGUUGAGAGCAGCGCUGCAAGCAACAAUCCACUCAAGGUGAUUCUCGUGGAAGCGCGUGAAGCAUGUUGGGGAGCGACUGGACGCAAUGGAGGCCACUGUCAGCCGAUCCUGUUCACGCAUCCUGAUGACCCGUCCAUUGGCCAUUUUGAAUUGGCCAACUUCUACACUCUCCAGAGGCUCAUCAUAGAAAAAAAGAUCGACUGCGAGUUUGUUGUCCAGCCAGGUGUACAAGCCACAUAUGACGAUCACGGUGUCAAGUACAUGCAGACCUCUCUAGAGACCUUGAAAACCACUGGUCCCGAACUUCUAGAGCGGAUGAAGUUCAUUGACUCUCCCGAAGACCUCGCCGCACUCCGCGUUCCAACAGCCAAAGGUGCUGUUGUAACGAACAUCGCCGCUCGGAUGUGGCCUUACAAGUUCGUUUCUCGAAUUUUGGAGGAUCUACUCAACAACCACUCGUCGACCUUCAAUCUCCAGACUCUCACCCCAGUCACCCAUUUAACCCCCUCCGGCAACGAUGUCCAAGUCCACACUGAGCGCGGCAUCAUCACCGCCAAGAAAGUCAUAUGCGCAACGAAUGCCUACACCUCCCAUCUCCUUCCCUCCUUCGCCCCGUUGAUUGUCCCUGUACGAGGCCAAAUGUCCGCUCUGAAACCAUUUCCCUCUGUCUCCGGCGCUGAUAACCGCCUGAAGACAUCCCUGGGUAUGUCAAGCUCAGGAGAGGAAGACUACCUAAUCCAGCGUCCCACCGAGAGAGGUGAGCAUCUCAUGUUCGGCGGUGGACGCGCACACGGUGGUCGAACGGUUGGCACUACAGACGAUAGCGUCAUUGAUCCUGAGACGGAAGCGUAUCUCCGCGGAAGACUAGGAGAAGUGCUCGGGCUUCCUGAAUCUGGACAGGCUAUGGACGCGGUAAACAUGUGGACGGGCAUCAUGGGUUUUUCGCGCGAUGAGAAACCUUGGGUCGGAGAGGUUGGUGGUGGAGUAUUUGUUGCUGCGGGAUUCACGGGUCAUGGCAUGCCGAAUACUUGGCUUUCCGGAAAAUCGGCCGCCAAUUUAGUGCUGAAAGCUCUGGAGGGCAAAGGUGGUGAAGAGGCUGUGGACGCUGUAUGUGAGAGUACUKGUCUGCCGAGGAGUUAUGUGCUGAGCGAGAAGAGGAUCAAGGCUGCUUUGCUAGAUUGGGAGGACGUCGAGGCACAGGACUGGGCGGAAAUUGAAAGGGGCCGAGCGACGAGGGAAGCUCUGCUUCGGAACAGGCUUGGGUCGGACUGGUAG